UUCUAUUCUCUCUGAUUAUGUCUAAUUCUCUCUAGUUCUUGAUACAAAUUCGUAUCAAAUGGUGCUUUCAUUGAACACCAUGCCAAAUUCCUAUGAUGACGCAAUUUGGGAUCAGAUUCAAACUCAAACUAGCUUAGAUCGCUUGAAUUCAGAUUAUGAAAAACCAUCCAAGAUACUUGCAGAUAUUCAGGCAACCUGCACCAAAAUUUGUACAACCUGGCGAAAUCAUCAACGACUCCAACAGCCUCCAAUAUGCCAGAUUCAAGCCAAAUCAACCUCAGCUUUUCCACCACUCAACAAUGAUUCAACAGCUCUAGAAGCAAACAAUUCUACACUUCCGGCUCUGCAAUUUCAGAAUUCAGCAUCAGAUUAUGAGAAGGCAGCAUUGGAGAAUGCAGCAACCAAUUUUCCAGAAUUCAACAUGACUCCAGUUCACACAAAAGAGGAAGACGAAGCAGAAGAAUCAGAUUUCUGUUUCCUAGUCCAACCACAGCAACAAGCAAAAUCAACAGAAACUCCAGAUCAAGCAACAAUUCAGCGCUCACCAGUGUCAAUCUGAAGAAUCAACAGAACUUGCAGUUCAAGUAGAAUGUCUACCAGCAGAUCACACAUUUGAAAACUCAAUUCCAGGGAUUCCAACCACAGCAGAUCUGGCAAUUUCAGUGACAAAUGAUUCUAGUGCAAUUACAAGAUUUAUGACCAAGAACAAUACAGAAGUCACAAACAAAC